CCCUUGCAUGUUUUGCUUUCGUGGAGUUUAUUGAUUCGUUGUUCGAUGGAGAAGUUUGCAGGCUCUGUGUGCUAAGGUGAAGAGCUUCAUGUCUUGACACGUCUCGUUAACAACAUCGCGAAAUGCCGUAAAGGACGAAGGGGGCAAAGAAUCGCCAUCUUGUACUUAACCUGAGCUGAGUCAGAGUGGAGUGUUCUUCAUUGUAGACGUGUAUACUAGUUGCUGCAGAACUGAGAUGCCUCGUGCGCUGCAGUUUAUUCUCUUGGUUCUUGCUGUGCCUUUGCAGUAUUUAAUAUGCCAAUGGACUGCUCCAUCUGCAGGCGAAAGGGCUCAGCUAAUAAAACAGUAAGUUCAGGAGUAAGAGUAACGGUACACGAUACUUAUUAUUAAAGUACGAGUUCAUAAAUCCCUAAUGAGCUUUAUUUUCCUCAUGGAUUGCACAGAAAGUUUUUCAUUAUUUUAAUGUGCAUGAUGCAAUUGUGCCUAUUUCAAUUAAUUUGGUUCCACUGUGCUGCUGAAAUUUAUUAGUUACGGCACAGUCAAUCCAAGUACCCAUCAACCCCCACCCACCACCCCCUCCAGGUAUUUGUUGUUGCUUUGUUGGGCAUUUCACUUUGUCAUCAAAUGUCUGCCUGUAGAAGGCUUGACAAUUUCAUAUUUUCUACCACUAAUAACAGGAAAAUCAUGGCACAUAAAAAGUAUGUAAGCAUAGGCUGGUUUCAAGAUUUAAGGAAAGGUACCCGGGGGGUGUACUCCUUACAGCUGUAUAUGGCCCAUAUGUGGAUGUGCCGCUGGACGGGGUAUGGUUUUUCUCCUUUCUGUCCUAAACAGCACAUAUAUUUUGUGUGAGUCUGUCAUAAUUUUAGACAGGGUAUUGCCUACAUGAUUUAUUUGAUUCUCUAGAUGAAAUUUGUUUGUACUCCCAAGUAAACAAAAGCAAUGAUAUUUUUAAUAGUGCACUUCGGAAAAGAGUGAAAACCUGGGAUCCAAACUAGGCACACACACAUUUAUGGGAUUAUUUGGGGGGGACAUGAAUGUAAACAAACUUGGUGGAAAGUGAAGUGGAAUGUACCAGUGAGGUUAAAACAGUUCAAAACAGAAAAACGGAAGGUGGAAUUGAAAGAAAAGGAACUUGAAAAAGUGAGGCUAAAGGAAGAUGUUCCUGGGGCAAUUUUACUUCGAGAAAAACCAGAAGAAUGCAAAUCCAUGUGCUAUCGGAGUUCAACUUCAAAUUAGCAUUCUGAAGCAAACGUACAUAUUCUCACAUGAUACAUCUUGCCUUUGGUAUUCUAUAAAAUUCCAAACCAGGGGUGUUCCUCAAGCUAUUUGUGCAUAGAGGCACACAACAACUUGCAUGUCUCGUCGUAUUAAAUUCAAGAUGGCUGCUUGACUUGUUCCCCCAAAUGAUCCCAUAAUAUUAUUGCGCGUGCCCUUAGUUUGGGUCCCAGGCUAUCACUCUUUUCCGAAGUGAGCUAUUAUCUAUAACAUCAAUUUGCUCUAUUGCAAUUGCCAAUAAAUGGGUUUAAAACAAGACAGCCUGAACUUUGUCCUCUGUUCUAAACAGUGUGAUAAAAUUGAGGUGGUUGUACUAUAAAACAUGGUAUGUGUUUUAGGAUUUUUUUUGUCCUAAACAGGGUCAGGGUUUCAAACCCUCAGGGGCUCACCUAUACCAAAAUAUUGGUCAAGUACCCCCCUGAGAAUUUACCUUUGGCUUUGUCCCCUUGUUGUGCUAUUUUUUGCACAUUUUUUGAGCCCCACUGUGGGGUUUUAUAUGAAUUUGCUCGGUCAUGGGGUUUUCAGCUUUCCCCUAAAAGAGGGCAGUUGCCCAAUAAUUUGGGCAAAAGCAUUGCCCAAGAAUGCAAGAAGUCUACUUCCUGUUGAUGUGCAUCAAUCCAAAAUGACUAGGCCCAAGUGCGCUUAUAUAUUGCACACUAUUUCUUUUACCUUAAAUUCAUUAUUUAUUCAACAGGUUUUCAAAGUCUCUCACACUUUUUGGUGGAGGCAUUCUUGAAUGGCAAAAAUGGCCUGAAGUGAUAGCUAAUUGGACACGUUCUGUGCUGUUGUUUUUGGAUGACGAAGAUGGAGAAUGUCCAGCAGAAGAAGUGAUUAAAUUUGUAGAGAAAAAUGGCCACUUUGGUAUGUCAACAGUGCCACGUAGCCCCAGGCCUAAGCACAUCAAAUUCAAAGUUGGCCAAGUGAUCCGACAUAAAUUGUGGAAUUAUCGUGGAGUAAUUAUUGGCUGGGAUGAGAAAAUGAAGGUACAGUUUAAAGCUGGCAGCCUUUAAAAUAGGUUUUCCCUUAUCUAGCAAGUAAUUUGGUGAGUUACAACAGAGACAAUUUGGGGACUAAUGCAGUUCUGAGCACUCUAAAGUGAAGGGCCUUCCUCUUGUGAAACACUUGGCAGUAAGUUGAUUCCUGUUUCAUAAUUGUUUUGGUGCUUCAGAAUUAUUGUAUUGUGAAUGAACGUAUUUAUUUUAUAAUAGCGGAGCACCAUGGGUAAGAAAAUUUGGUUAUUUAUGCAUCCAAGAAAUUUUGGUUCUGACAAAAUCGUCUGUACAUGCGUCCACCUUUUCAUGUAAGGCAGACUGAAAUUUUGCAUUUCAAGCACCGAUGCUUUUUGGCGGUAAAUUGCCUGACUUCCCAGACUUUUAGAGAGAAAGAAACAACAACAAAGCCAAGUCCUUUUUUCAAUUAAAUUUUAAUGUCUACUCUAACAUGGAUAGACUGAGCAAAAGAUAAAAACAAACAUGAAAAUUUUAUAGUGUUGGUGACAAAUUGAGAAACGCUAGUAGCCACCAAGGUGAAAAUUAGCAGCAGUGAAAAAAACAAAAACAAACAGAAACACAUGUGACACUUACUUCCUCCAUAAAAUGUGUAACUCAGGAAGUUUCAUCUUGUAUUUUUGUUUUAUUUGUUUUGUUGUUUGUUUGUUUGUUUUUUUUUUGCUCUUCUCAUUGCCCUCGCCAUUAAGCAUGACACAAUUUUAUUUUUUUCUUUGAGUAAACAUUUUGCAAGGGUAUAGUGGCAAAAGGUCUCAGUGAAACAUGUGUAAUACAGUGGAACCCUGUUCUAUGGACACCCACUUUGUAAUACGACUGACUGUGACACCCAAAUAUAAUGGGCAGUUUCAUUUGUCCUGAUAAAAAGCUCGAACAUUUUCUUAAAAAUUAGCCCACUUUAAUGAUAACAGACACUAGUUAACAUGAACAAAGGACACUAAUUUCUGUUUUCCCAAGUCACAAAAAUUGACAGAUUUUUGUGGGUUAAUAUGAUUUCAGUACAUGAAAUAAAAGUAGCAAGAUAGCGUGACAUGUUUGAUUUUGAUAUAAAGCCAGUCUUUCUUUCCAUCUUUUAAUUGACCCUUGCACAUUGUACUGUAACUCUUCAGUAAAGUUCUGAAGGUUGGCUACCUGUUUCUACACGAGUUUCACUUUCUUGGCUUUUUGUUCCUCCCCUAAUCCUCCUCUUUGUCUGCUAUAGUCUUAAUAUCAAUAAAACAUGUGUCUGUGACUCUUUUCUUGGGAGGCUGCUUCUAAAUAAUGUAUAUUAAAACCUAUAAAUUAUGUGUAACACUAAGCACUUAAUGACUGGUCCCUCAGGAAACAGUUAAUUUUGUUUCCCAAGAAUUGAGAUUCAAGGAAAACAAAAUUUACUGUUUCCCAAGGGACCAGUCUUUAAGUGAUUUGUUAUAUUAUAGCUGGAAAUUCAUUAAACCUCGCUGUAACAGCAGUCGUCAGUCAACAUUUGCAGGGAACAGUGCACUGUUAGCCUCUGAUGUCAUAGAUUUUGCAAGGUUACCUGCUGAGAGAUUUUGGCGGGAAACAUUUUCAUUGUUAGAUGUCAUGUGACCUCGAAGUAAACCAAUGAGAGCCCAUGCUGUUGGGGAAAAAUUUCCAGCUAUAUAUAUAACAAAUUUUACUAAUUAGACAAAUGAUUGAUCAUUUUCACAGGCAUCAGAGUUGUGGGCAGAGAAUAACCAUGGUGAUAAAAAGGUAAAGAUGUUUGAUUUUCUUUCUUCGUAUUGUGUACUUGACAUGCAGCUUUCUUUUAUUCUCUGAGCAUUUAUAGAUAGCAGUCUUAUAACUUAACAGCUAUUUUCAUUAUUCACAUAUUUAUUAGCAAUUUGCCUUUUGUCAGAGAGGUGUCAAGCAGAACAUGUGUUCCUGUGUUUCAGGCUACACUCUUAUAGCUCUGUAACUCCCAAUUGACUCCUUUCUGGCUGCUAUACAUUUCCUUGUACAUGUACAUUAAUAAGUAGCUGAUACACUUACCUAUUCUCAUCACCUGUCUGCUGGACAAUGUAUUGAUAUUGCAAGGAGAAGUUACAUGCAGAUCACUUUCCAGAGUUAAAGGGUUGAAAGACUUUAAUUUAGUCUUUGAUCGUUGUUAUUUAUUAGCAAUUUUAUAUCUUGCCGGAUUUUUGAAAAGGUUACUACCAAAUGGCCCUUUUGCAUCCAAACAGUUUUGGCCAAAGAAGCCAUUAUAAAAACUUCUCUUCCUUUCUUCCUCCUUGCUCUUUCUUUUUCCGAACCUUUCCUUUUUCUUCAUUACUGUGAUUUUUUAGCUUAUCGGGCCCUAAAAGCCUACCUUUUGACACCUUUUCACUCAAAUGACAGUAACUUUUUUAAGGUUGGUUUUCAAAAAAUCGGCUAGCUAUAAUUUUAUUCUGUUUAUUUAUUUUUUAUCAUUCGCUCUUAUUUUUUAUGCUUAUUCUUUUGAGCAUAAUUUAUAUUUGAUCUAGUAACUAUCAAUUUCUUUUGUGCAGCAUUGGCGAGACAUGCCUAACUAUGCUAUUCUUGUUGAUAUACGGGAUCGACCCAGCAGUCAGAUUACUUACGUUCCUGAGGAGAACAUUGAACUUCUCACAAAUACCAAGGUAAUAUUUAUUUUUGAAUGUAUUUUAUGGCUUGCUGCAGCUUAGGGUCCUUGAUAAGCUCAUAAUGAAAAUGGCUAAAAGUUCCAACUAGUCAUUACAGAAGAACCAGCUACUCACAGAAAAUAAUUUUUGCAUCGUAUUUGUUUCUCAUCACUUCUGUUAGAUAUAAAGGAGAAUCGUGAUAUAAAUCUGAAAAUCUGAAAUAAAGCCAAUUAAUGUGGGUGAAGAAAGGUGCCCUCUUCCAGGCUAAAUUUGUUUUCCUAGUCCCAAAGUGCACUUUAAAGGGUUCCUAGAGUUAACAUUUUCCCAAUGUAGGAAGCCCCCAGGAAACUAUUAAGCCUCACCCCCUCUCUUUUAAACCCCCCUCACUUCCUCGAUAAUCUUGACUGUAAAACUUCAUGUAGACUGAUUUGGUAUGGUUUAUUCAAGUGCUUGACUACUAAAGCGAAUUUGUAAUGGUAAUAUCUCAGUGUGAAUCUCAGUACAAACUGGAAAGAACCUCACGGCUGACGAAGUGUGAGGUGGUGGGCAAAGACGGAGUAUUGGUCUGCAAAGCAUAAUGUUGCAGGCUUUAUGUGUAGUGCAAUAGUUGGGGCCUUUAAAAGACCUGAGGACAAUGGAGUUGUCUUUGCCGUACAAGGGGUAGUUAUGAGAAAGAGCUAUAAUGUACCUAGCAUGAAACCAAAAUUCCAAAGUGACUCACUCUAAGCCACAGGAAGGUCUAGCCAUUUCUACGGAGCUCUUAAUUUAAUUUGCUUUCUGUAUUAUUUUGGGAAGUUCAGGGCACACAUAUUGUUUCCUCCUUGCAGGUUGUUCACCAGACGUUGGAAGAAUAUUUUGUUGAAUUUGAUGGUGCUCGUUAUCUGCCAAGACCGUGGCUGAAGAAGGUUUAUCCUCAUGGCUGACCAAACAUUCCUACGGAAGUGUACUAGAAAAUUACUCAGAUGCUCUUUUGGUAUUAGUUUAUUGAAUGUCUUUACCCAGUAAGGCCGUAUAUGCGAGAAAUAAGGACUAAUUUUGAGCUGAAGUCAAGUAAUUUUGUCCUGUGAAUAUUUGCUUACGGGCAUUAGAUGAUCGUAAAUGUGGUCACUGUUUUGUAGUAUUGGUUUCGUAUCGGUUUUGCUUACAACUGUUGCAGAUUUUCUAUUUUGUACAUACCUGGGAUAAUUAAAGAGGAAAACAAGGAGGAAUUGAAAAUAAUAAAAACUAUUUAUCACAC